AUGUGGGCAAGAAUCGUCACUGAGGUGGAUAUUCCGCCCCACUGUAAGGUGGCUAUCGACCCUCAAAGGCUCAAGGCGGAGCCCGGCGCUUGGUCCUUGGAUAUCGUGACCUCUGUAGCACUUGGUAUAACCCUCGCUCCGCUGAAACAGGCAUGGUCCAUCAUCCAGGAAGACAUCACCAAUCUCCUCUGCGAGAACACCGUUAGUACGCUCAACCUGGGUCUCGGAGGCCCGCUCGAUCUCGAGAAGCUGUACAAUAAUUGGCGUGAGGAGGACAUCAAUACCUGUAUACCUCGAUUUUUUCUAAUACAGGAACAGAAAAAGCAAGAAGAGCUGAAGAACGCUAUCUCUACGAAAAUGGAAGGAGAGGAAGAGGUUACUGCUACGACGGAUACGGAUGGAGAAGACAAGGUCAGCAAAACAGAUAAAGAAGGAGAAGAUGAGGCUUUCAGAACGGAAACAAAAGGAGCAGAAGGUACUAUCACUACGGAUACAGAUGGAGAGGAGAAAGUCACCACAACAGAAAUAGAAGGAGAAGAGAAAGCAUGA